CUGGAUUAUGGGCUGUCACUAGGCCUGCAAAAAGGGUGUGUGUAGGGGGGGAUGUAUAGGUAUCUGGGGGGAGACUCGCCCUGUCGUCAGAGGGGAGCCAGUGAGGAAGUCGUGGGGCCUUGGGGAAGAAUGAAGUAGGCUUGGUGGUGGUGGUGGUGGGGUUCUUGGCAAGCCAGAAGGGGGUGUGACACCCCGAGAGAUUAAGAGGGCAGAAUGAAGGCCCUCGUUGGAAAAGGGAAGUGGCAGGAAGAGCUGCCUUUACGUCAUGGAAGCCAGAGAUGUCUCUGGGAGCGUUUCAGACUUCUACAGACGACACAGAGGAUGUUUCUCUUGAUUUUGGAAACGAGGAGGAGCUGGCAUUGAGCAAAGCAAAAAUCAGGCACCCCCUGGCCACCUUCUUCCACCUCUUCUUCCGAGUGAGCGCCAUCCUUGCCUACUUACUCUGUGACUGGUUCAGCCAGAGUUUCGUCGCCUGCUUCGUCAUCAUCCUCCUUCUCUUGUCCUUCGACUUCUGGUCUGUGAAGAAUGUGACCGGACGGCUGCUGGUCGGCUUGCGAUGGUGGAACCAAAUUGACGAGGACGGGAAGAGCCACUGGGUGUACGAAGCAAAGAAGGUCCCUUGCGCUGGACCUGCUCCCACAGAAGCAGAGGCUCGGAUCUUCUGGCUGGGCUUGAUCAUCUGUCCCGUCAUCUGGACGCUUUUCUUCUUUAGCACCUUGUUUUCGCUGAAGUUGAAAUGGCUGGCGCUGGUGAUAGCGGGCAUCUGCCUCCAGGCUGCUAAUCUCUAUGGCUACACCCUCUGCAAACUGGGAGGCCUGCAGAGCGCCCAAAAAGUCACCUCGAGGUUUCCAGGAGAGGAGAUGUUCCAGAGGGAAAUGCCGGAUGAAUUUCAGAAGGCUGUUCGGAAGGGAAUGGGGACAUGGAACCACUAGAGGGAACCAAAAAAAGUGAACGACUACGGGGUCAGGAGCAUUUGGAAGUUACCCGUCCUUGCGCUAAAUCACAAAUAGUUGUGUUUUGCUUCAGAAGCAUUGUUGUAACCGCAGAGAAGUGCAACGGGUUCUUGCUUUCACAUCUUCUGUUCGCACCCAGCAGCCCCCCCCUCACCCCAAGCCAGGCACCAAUGGCAAUCCCCUCCAAACAACCCCAUCCCCAGCGUGAGAUUCUGCAUCUCUGACUGACUGGGAAGGAACUGAAACUGCCUCCUUCACCCACAACAAAAACCCCUGUUUUUCAGAGUCAUCAACUAAACGGUCUCUCCGGACUGGGGCUCUGGUCGCUUUGCCAAAACUCCCGCCAGAAAUCGGCAGCUGCUCCAGAACCCGGCAGAGCGGCUGC